UGCCAGGCAACUAAUUUACUUCGACAUCGCAAAGUUUACGACAGACAUAGUAUGAGGAUAAGCUUCAAUGGAGUGCGUCGCACCAACCCCUCGUGUUAACGUCCUCGUCAUUCUGUGGGCUUUCCUUGUACCCAGACUCAUGUGGUUGGCAAUGAAGAACGACAGUCGACGUGGGGCGAACGACACGGAGAAGGAGCGAGAGCAAGAGCGAGAGGGGAGGAGACAUUGUUCUGUAGCAUGGGGCUGUACCAUUAUACGUAUUCCACGAUUGAUUAAGAUACUUGCAUUGUCUUUCUCGGUCUUGCAAGAACGAGGCAAGAUUUUCCAGAGCUGUACAUGUUUGUCUGAUAAACAUAUUGCGAAUACUGGAGAGGAGAAAUUCUCGCAUCUACUGAUCAUGUUUAGCCAGAAAACGAGGAAGACCAGACACUGUUGUUGUCCUGGCAACGUCUGAGAUAAAGUUAUUCUUCGGGCUGUAUAAACACGAACAGGAAACAUUGAUGUUCUACUCUCACGAAGCAAUUGAUUCCAUUGGCGUACUGCAUGGGUUAAAGGAAACUACAUCGGAGAAAUUG